AUGCCGGUCUUAAAUACGAGAACUUCUUAUCCCAAUAUCGACUUUCAUGGUACUAAGGUUUCUGAUGUUCUAGAUGCCUUUGAAUUUGAAAAGCAUGAUGAUCCCUUAAGGGAUAAAUGGAACACUUUACAGUUUUUGGAAAAGAGCUUUGAAUCUAAAUUUGAAUCUGCAUCAGAGUUAAUCCAAGGAGGCGAGCUAGCUGCUAUUAAAGAAAGAAAUUUUCAAUUAGCCAAACUAAAUAAUCUUUGCUUUCGGGUACGAGAGUCCAUCAAAAGAAGACAAGACCUGGAGAAAAAGUUAAGAACUUUAUCGCAGGACACUGACAACGAAUUGCUUUUUCUGAUGUUGGAAAAUGAGAGAAGAAAGAAAAGUUCAGUGAUAAUAGAGUUUCUUUCUGAGAUAAUCAGAGAGAAAUCCAAAAGAUUAACUGCAGAAGAGCAAGGCUUUGUAAAUCAAAAUGAAGUAAAACCCCUCAUUCUGGACCUUUCUGCACGGAUAAAUAGAUUGAAUUCUAUUCUAGAAACAAAAAAUACUUGUAUUAGAAGAUUAAGUAAUCAAUAA